AGGACUAGUGAAAUUUGGGAACGCCGGGAUAAGUAGGUAUGUAUAGGGAACUCUACGGAAUAGCAUCAAAAUCAAAUAAUACAUAUGUAUAAAAAAACGUAAUUAAAUUAGGCUUCAGAUUUCUAUUAGCAAGGAGCACUGAACAGCAGAUUUAUUUCAGUUUUAAAUUUAUAUACCUUCCUCCUAUCUUUACUUUAAUUACACAAGUUAAAAUAUUUUGACUAGAGUCUAAUAUGAGAACUGCGUGCAUGUUGUAGGUGUGAGUCGUGGACUCGUGGGCCAUAUAAAGCGCCGUGCGCUCCGCCGCGCGGCAAUAGGUACCGUCCCGAGGCAGGAUGAAGAGCGUUCGCGUCGCAGCACUUGCCCUGCUGGCCGCAGGGCUAAUCUCCGCGGAGAUCCAGAACCUGGACCUGCUGCGGCUACUGAUGGAGCGGCCCAUGCUCAGCGGACACAAUCGGUUCGACCGGGGACCUUCCAUCGAAGAUCGAGUUGACCAGCUCUGGCAUCGGAAAUAUGGGGAGGACAACAGAUAUAGUGACUUCAGCGGCACAUCAACGAAGCGGUCAGCGGUAGCCACGGCGCUGAACGCCGGCCGUCCGCGCCGGCAGCCCGCGCCUGCCCUCGAACUGGCACUGAACACGGAAACACGGAUGCUGAACGGACGGCCGCGCCGGCAGCCCUCGCCCGGGCUUGCACUGGCACUGAACACGGAAACACGGCCGCUGAACGGACGGCCGCGCCGGCAGCCCGCGCCGGGGCUCGGUAAGGCCAUCACGCCUUUUGCGGGCGUCGGUAAGCACGACACAACCCUGGCUUGCACGGCUUCACUUGCAUGA